AGUGCGAGCUGCCAUUUUUUUUUGUGAUCAUUCUUCCUGAUUAGUUCAUCUAAAGGGAACUAUCUACCAGCCACUCCACUUUGACGGUUACCGAUUAAUUAAUCUUGCUGUUGUGCCGAACAGGUAUUCGCUUCUGAAUUACACAAGUUCUGGCAUUUGAACCAGCCUAAAGCGUAGGCGCGCACGUAGCAUGCGAAUGGCUACUUAGCUGUUGCUGGCUAAGCGUUAGCUGUGCCUGUAAACAAACACUUGAGCAAACUGCAUCUCGAGAGCCAACUCAAAAGCUGCACGUUUGUAGUUUCCGCAAAGUAUUCCCGUAGGUUAGUGACUAAUGGAACAUUAAAACAGUGAUUUGCUUGAGUAGCAAAGGACGCUCUUUUUUGUUGCUGUUUUAAUCUUGCGUGUAGUAGCGGGAAGUGCAACUAUAGUUUUGAUGACCGUGAUCCGAGUGGUUUCCCCCCACUAUCUCGAAGCUCCGUCAAUUUAGAGCGGAGUCGUGGUGAGUCUGCCCUGAAGGAGACGCGCACCAGUACGCGGACAUGUCGUCGUUUUCCGAGGCAGCCCUGGAGAAGAAACUGUCGGAGCUGAGCAGCUCGCAGCAGAGCGUCCAGACUUUGUCCCUCUGGAUCAUCCACCACCGCAAACAUUCGGGCCUCAUUGUCAAAGUGUGGCACAGAGAGCUGAAGAAAGCUAAAAAAACCAGGAAGCUGACGUUCCUCUAUCUGGCCAAUGAUGUUAUCCAAAACAGCAAGAAGAAAGGACCCGAAUUCACUAAAGACUUUGAGUCGGUCCUCAUUGAUGCCUGCUCUCAUGUUGCCAGUGAAGUUGAUGAGAGCUGCAAAAAGCACAUGGAGAGACUCCUGAACAUAUGGAAAGAGCGCAACCUCUACAGAAGUGACUUUAUUCAGCAGCUCACCCUGGCCAUAGAAGACUCCAACAGCCCUCAGCCUAUAGUAGAGGAAAAGAAACCGGUGAAACGAAGCUACCAGAAGAUCCAGCAAGAGGAAGAGGAGGAUGAGGAUGACGACUACAGAAGCAUCAGCUCCCCUCGUAGCAUGGACGCCUCCGCUAAUCAACUGACAGAGGAGUUGGUGAAAGCGCUGCAGGACUUGGAGAACGCCGCAUCAGGUGAUGCAGCUGUGCGACAGAAAAUCGCCUCGCUGCCGCAGGAAGUCCAAGAUGUCUCACUACUGGAAAAGAUAACUGAUAAGGAGGCAGCCGACAAUCUGUCCAAGACAGUGGACGAAGCGUGUCUUCUGCUGGCGGAGUACAACGGCCGCCUGGCCGCAGAACUGGAGGACCGGAGGCAGUUGGCACGCAUGCUGACUGACUACAUCAGUAGCCAGAAAGAGGCGCUGGUUGAGAGGGAGAAGAAGUUAGAGGAAUACAAGCAGAAACUUGCCCGGGUGACCCAGGUGAGGAAGGAGCUCAAGUCCCACAUCCAGAGUCUGCCCGACCUUUCCCUUCUUCCUAACGUUACAGGCGGUCUGGCACCGCUCCCCUCGGCCGGUGACCUCUUCUCCACCGAUUGAGUGGUGGAGCUCAGACCAGCUAGCCCCUUGUGUCGUCCCACACCCACCUACCAAUACACACCCUCAGCAUAACCAUUGCAGGCUCUGUGUUGCUUGCUGCGGCCUAAUGAGGUCAACAGUUACCAGAAGGACGAGAGACGGGUGGGACCAUGGGAUCGCCGUCGGGACAAUAACUUUAGGUUUUGUGAAAUCGCAGCAUUCUGCAGAGAAAACAGAGACUCUGUCUGCCUGGAUUUUCCCGCUUAGUUUCUACGCCACCAGCUUGGAGUUAGUUUGUUCCUGUUUGGUUUUAAUCAUUAUUUUUUAUUUGUAUCAUGGAAGUGAAUAAGGAGGCCAGGUUUAGUAGACCGAAGAUCCGGUUCUCGAGGGGCGUUCGUGGUGCUGUUUCUGUUACCUGGAUUGCAUAUGCUUCAUUGGCCUUAUUAGAGCUUGUGACUACACUGUGGUGAGAAUGUACCAUUGAGCAGUUGGAUUCGUUUUUCAAUGGUUUGUUUUGUUUUAAAUAGUUUUGGUGGAGGUUAAAGAGCCAGUGCCUUUGUGGCAGUCCAAAUCAGAAUUGAUUUACAAGUUGGCAUUUUUCAGAUUUUCACAACCACCUGUGCUUCAUUUUACCAUGUGCAGUAAUUGGCAAUUCAGACAAAAACAAAUUCUGAGUGGCUUCUUUCAAUUUCUACUUGAAUGUUGUUUACAGUUACAACUAAUGCAAUAAAUAGGGAAUGAAAUCAUGAAGUGCAAAUGAUUGACUGGAACAAAUCCUCACCAGUAAUCCACUAUAUCCAAGUAUUGCCCAUGCCCCAGUUGUGUAUCCAGAUGUCACAAAACAGCAACUGUGCGUUAGGUGAGUUUUACCUCCGUUUAAGGUCAGCAAGAGUGAAGUUGCUUCUUUUGGUUUAUGUGUAGCUCAUUUUCUUUUUGACUUGUCUGCAAUCAAAAAGAACUUUGAGAUGUCAGAAUGUCAGGAAUAUGUUGAGCUUUCACAGUGUUUGAGAAACCAAAGUGAGUGUGUGUAUUUUAUUUUUAUUUUUUAAUCCAGUCAAUGGUGGGCCUCCUGACCGAACACAUUAUUGGCCUAUAGUCAUUUAAAAAGAGUGUGUGAAAAUGUACAAAUGCCCGUGCAGCCACCGAAAGCCAGGAAGGACUUCAAAAAAACAACAGUAUGUGUCACUGUAGUUUAGUUACGUCUACUCUUACCCUCACGCUGUGCAGCCUGCGUUUCUUUUUGCAUAACCACCUUGUACAAGCUGGAGUCUACCUGUAGGGUAGUUUUAUUUCUGUAAUGAAAGUAAUCAAUGGAUGCCAAUAAAAUGGAACCAUUUGAACAAAAA